UCACUAAAUUCUGAUAUUUCUUUAGUGGUGUUUGCAGAUGAGCGCCACGUAUAUUAGUUACUGUAAUUGAGUGUGUGUGUAUAUAUAUAACAUAUUUGGGUAACAUAGGAGUAGGAAACACAGAAAGAGAGGAAAAACAGUGGGUGUUUUUGUUGGUAUUGAUAUGGAGUUCCUGAAGACGAUGAUGAUGAGUUCGAUUUGGGGAGUUUUAGUAUUGAUGUUUUGUGGUUUGAUGAGUGUAAAAUGGGUUCUUAAAAGAGCAAAUUGGUGGUUGUAUGAGAAAAAACUGGGUGAAAAGCAGUACUCUCUACCUCCAGGAGAUUUGGGGUGGCCUCUCAUUGGGAAUAUGUGGUCUUUUCUUAGAGCUUUCAAGUCAUCAAAUCCUGAUUCUUUCAUGGAAACCUAUGUUAACAGAUAUGGGCGUACUGGAAUGUACAAAGCAUUCAUGUUUGGGCAACCGAGCGUGAUAGUAACAGUGCCGGAAACAUGCAAAAGAGUAUUAACGGAUGAUGAUGCGUUUAAGCCGGGUUGGCCAAUCUCCACUAUGAAACUGAUUGGAGAGAAAUCAUUCAUUGGGAUUUCUUUUGAAGAACACAAGCGUCUCAGACGUUUAACUGCUGCUCCAGUUAAUGGUCAUGAAGCAUUGUCUGUCUACUUGGAAUACAUUGAAAGAAGUGUAAAAUCAGCUUUGGAAAAAUGGGCAAACAUGGAACAAAUCGAAUUCUUAACUCAACUCAGAAAGCUUACUUUUAGGAUAAUAAUGUACAUUUUUCUUAGCUCUGAGAGUGACCAUGUCAUGGAGGCUUUGGAAAGGGAAUAUACUGCACUUAACUACGGGGUUAGAGCCAUGGCGAUCAAUGUUCCUGGAUUUGCUUACCAUAAAGCUCUUAAGGCUCGGAAAAAUCUUGUUGCUAUUUUACAAUCUAUAGUGGACGAGCGAAGAAAUCAGAGGAAGGGCGACAACUACAACAACAACAAUAAUUUGGGAAAAAAGAAGGACAUGAUGGAUGCCCUUCUCGAUGUUGAAGAUGGAAAUGGCAGAAAACUGGAAGAUGAGGAAAUCAUUGAUGUUCUUGUCAUGUACUUGAAUGCAGGGCAUGAAUCUUCUGGUCAUACCAUGAUGUGGGCUACUAUUUUCUUGCAAGAACACCCUGAAUUUUUAGAAAAAGCUAAGGCAGAGCAAGAGAGGAUUGUUAAAAAGAGGCCACCUACACAGAAGGGUUUGACUCUUAAAGAAAUCCGAGAAAUGACUUAUCUUGACAAGGUGAUUGAUGAAACUCUUCGUGUAGUAACAUUCUCACUCACUGUUUUUCGAGAGGCAAAAUCAGAUAUCAAUCUAAGUGGCUACACCAUUCCCAAGGGUUGGAAAGUUCUGGUAUGGUUCAGAAGUGUUCACUUCGAUCCUGAAAUUUAUCCAAAUCCAAAAGAAUUCAAUCCUGACAGAUGGGAGGGUUAUACUCCCAAAGCUGGAACUUUCCUUCCUUUUGGAGGAGGAAGCAGGUUGUGCCCUGGAAAUGAUCUGGCCAAACUUGAAAUUGCUGUAUUUCUUCACCAUUUUCUCCUGAAUUAUGGGGUGGAACGACUUAAUCCUGGAUCUCCCGUUAUGUAUUUACCCCAUUCAAGGCCCAAAGAUAAUUGCAUGGCAAGACUUAGGAAAUCAUAUUCAGCUAUGUAGAAAAGACAUGGGACAUUAAAUAAAAGCAUGUUCUUGCUUCCUUCUUAAUAAAAUUAUAAUAAAGGAUUUUUAAUUA